AUGGCAGUAAGAAUUGGACCUCUGUAUGUGCUUUCUGGGUUCGGCGGAAGUCUCUUGUCUUGUCUUCAUAAAGAAGUAAGAAGAGAAACUGUUUCAGUGGGUGCUUCAGGUGCCCUCUUUGGACUGCUGGGAGCCAUGCUUUCAGACCUUAUCACAAACUGGACAAUUUACUCAAAAAAGUGUAUUGCCUUCACAAUUCUUGGGAUAGUUAUAGCCCUGAAUUUGGCUGUUGGAUUUGUACCUGGUGUGGAUAAUUCAGCACAUAUAGGAGGAUUUAUUGCUGGGUUUCUUCUUGGCUUUAUUUUUCUUCUCCGCCCUCAAUAUGGAUAUGUAAGCUCCAAAUAUAUUGCAGCAGGACAUGAUGUCAAGCACAGGAAACCGAAGUACAAGUUCUAUCAAAAGCUGUUGUGGGUUACAGCUUUAGUAACUUUUGUAGCCGGAUCAUUGAGUGGCUUGGUGAAAAUUUUGAGCGGCUGAGUAUAUACAGGGCUGAUUGGGUAGACAAAUAUUUACAAAAGCAAGGGAAUGCCAUUCCAGGACUCCAAUCAACAGAAUUAUUCCUGCAUCAUUUGAAUUGCAAACUCUUCAAAGCAACAAAGAUAGGACUAUACUCUACCCUUCAUCAUACAUUUGCUGAAUAAGGAAGUACAGAUAUUCACUAGAUAAUUUUUAGGUAUCUACACUUCGUUAAAAAAUUUUGUUCAAUGUAGCGAAAGGGCAACAUAAAUAUGCCGGCAACAUUCCUUUGUAUAUCUCAUGUUUUAUUAAUUUCCUAAGUAUUAUGAAAGAAAUUUAUGCGUUCAUAUCAAUGAAAAAACUUGAUACUGAUCUUAAGUUCUUCUGAUCUA